CACUGCACAGCUGUCUGACAACGGAAGCGCGCGCUGUCCAUAAGCCUUACCGCCUGUAAUAAUACAAGUAAUCAUUGCGCGGUGCGCAUAUGAUCUUCCAUUUGUAAUCAUAUCACGCUUUCAUGUGUAUAAAAGUGCGGUGAUGCGAAAUGCAUUUAUUAUUGACGGGGAAUAGUGAAACAGGAGUUACCGCAUCCAUCGCUCGAGCUGGGAUGCUGCCGGCAUUGCCAAAAAGGAUCCGGUUGGCGACUAUGUGGAUAUUGAUAGUGCUAGAAUCCCAUCCAUUUGACUAAUCUAAAUAUCGAUCCACCCACACAUUCAGCCAGUGCCAAGCGUACGUGCUAUGUACUCGUACAAGUAAUAAUCACCUGUGCGCUCCCCAAUCCAAUUUUGACGUCAUUUGCCUAGCGGGAUGGUGGAUGAAUUUAAAACAUGCGACCACAGGGAAACCUGAGCAUUUUACCUUAAAUCUACCACGACACAUGGAAGCCUCUGCCUUUUGAUCCAGAAAUUGUUUUUGCUGCGAUCGCGCUUAUUGUGUGGUGUUGCACAGAGCGCGCACCGACGCUUCUCCAUUCGCGUUUGAGGCGCUGACGAGCAGCGGGAUUUCAUGUUGACAGUGUAGCUUUCCUGUUGUCUGGCCAGUGUGUGAUAUUCUGCACUGACAAUGGCGUCCGAGGACGAUGUGGUGAAUUUCUUGACCAGGAAUCCCGAAUUCAUCCAGGAGUACAUUGCCAAAAAUCUUUCGGUUAGCUCACAGAUCGAUUUAGCUCAUCAGAUCCUUGCGCUGACGGAUAAGAGCGAAAGCGUGACUGGCAGCCAGUUUCUUCGGGCGACCAUUAAUGCUCAAAAUGAAUCGGACAAGGUAACUAGUGUUCUCUGGGAUUUGUCCUAUCAGACAAUGCAGUUGGUGGAGGCCGAUGGGUUCCACUUGUAUGUCGCGGAUAAUGCUGCCGAGUAUCUCAGCCUGGUAGUUCCGGAGGAGAUUUCGGAAGCCAACAGGAACGGUAUGGUGAAUGGCGAAACAGCGGCUUCGUUUCCGGUGUCAAAAUUUCGGAUGCAGCAGAUUUGUGACAUUAACACCGGAAAGUUCAUUGCCGCUUUGGUUGCCCGCACGAACCAAGUAUUCCGCAUGGAUGACUGGAGAUUGCAGCUUCUCGCUGAUGAUGUGUCCAGCGUUCUGGAUGUCGGCUGUAACAGCGAAGAAACCGAAGCCAUACUAGCAGUGCCAAUUACGUUCAGCAAUAAGCCAGUCGCGGAUAUUAGAUUCGCAACUGGUCGUGGCGAUUCUCCUAUUUUCUCCCUAAGCAAAGCCGUUCAAAUGGUGGGUGUAUUGGAACUCUUCCGUUUUCCCGGUGCGGAAAAAGGACCGUUCAGCGCGAAAGAUGAAGACGUUGCCGUUAAUUUUGUCACACUGGGUGCUUCAGCUGUGCACGAUGGAUUGCGUCUUCAAGAGCUCAACAUGCAAACUCAACUCAAUAGCUAUCUUCUGAACAUUGUCAAAUCAAUUUUCCAGGAUAUUGUUUCGAUGGAUACGGUGAUCAUGAAGAUCAUGAAUCACGCACAGCGGCUAGUUAAUGCGGAUCGUGCGUCACUGUUCCUCGUGGAUUCACGCACCCACGAGCUAUAUGCCCGCAUCUUUGAUAUUGGUACGGAAGAGGUGGCUAAUGGGGAAUCCGCUAAGCCAAACAUUGCAAAGGAGAUUCGAUUCCCCAUUGGAAAGGGCAUUGCUGGCACGGUGGCCGCCACCGGCGCCGUCAUGAACAUACAGAAUGCCUACGAGGAUGAACGAUUUAAUCCGGAGGUGGAUCAACGGACGGGUUAUAAGACCAAAUCGAUCCUGUGCAUGCCGAUCUUCAUCCGCGGCAGUGUGAUUGGAGUUGUUCAGAUGGUUAAUAAGCAGAUCGGAACAUUCACUAAAGCCGACGAAGAAGCGUUUGAGACCUUUGCCGUUUAUUGUGGACUGGCGCUCCAUCACGCGAAGCUAUACGAUAAAAUUCGCCGGUCGGAGCAGAAAUAUAAAGUAGCUUUGGACGUCCUAGCCUACCAUUCUACAUGCACCGACGAUGAGUUCAAUAUGCUCAAACAUGCUAAUAUGCCGGAUGAAAUUCCGGAAAUCGACCGUUUUGAAUUCUCUCCGUGGAAGCUAACGGAAUUUCAGAAACCUCUCUGUGUCAUAUACAUGUUCCGCGAUUUGUUUGGAUUAACCCGCUUCGACUUGGACACAUUGAUUCGGUUUAGCUUAACGGUUCGGAAGAAUUACCGCAAAGUACCUUAUCAUAAUUAUACACACGGGUUUUCCGUCGCCAACUCCAUGUAUGUUUGUCUCAAAACUAAUUCCCAUGUGUUUAAGCCAUUAGAGGCACUUGCCUUAUACGUAGCAGCUCUUUGUCACGAUUUGGAUCAUCGCGGAAAGAAUAAUUCAUUUAUGGUGAAAUUUGCCUCACCCCUUGCCGCUAUUUAUACAACCUCGACAAUGGAGCACCAUCAUUUUAACCAGACAGUAGCUAUUCUGCAGCAAGAAGGUCAUAAUAUUUUCCGUUCCUUGACGCCGGUAGAGUAUCGCGAAGUAUUGGGAAACAUCAAGCACUGCAUCCUCGCGACGGAUUUGGCGCUGUUUUUUCCAAACAAAGCCGUAUUAAAAGGUAUUCUAGAGCAGUGAAUUAUGGAGGAAUUUUUUGAGCAGGGCGAUCAGGAACGAGCUCGUGGACAGGAGCCGAUUCCCAUGCUGGACCGUAGAAAAGCGAACGAGCUCCCAGCCAGCCAGUGUGGCUUCCUUACCGGCAUUUGCCUGCCUUGCUACGAACUUAUGGCGCAGUUGCUGCCAGGCUCCCAGCCCAUGUUAGAUGGUGCCAGGAAUAAUCUGGAAAUGUGGACCGAAGAAAAGAAGAAAGUAGAAGCACAAGCAGCUGAGAAUAAUUUGGAAUUUAGCCCGCGAACGGCAGCGAACAGCAGCAGCUCUUUUGCCAGUUAUUCCAGCGACGACAAUUCCAAUUCAAACGAUGUUGGUGGCACACUAGGAGCGAUGGAGGCUAUGGACACAUCAGAAGAGCCUUCGAUGGACACAAGCCGUCUGCAGGGAAGAAAAACCCGUGAAAUCCCCGCCACGGAACGCAUGGUUGCCAUGAUGCAUCUGUCAGAAAGUGCACCCAUUCUCGCAUCGGAGACCGCCGUGGGAUUGGGCCGUACUGGUGAUGUGCGCUUUCCGGAAGAUUUUGGGGAUGUUUUUAUGCGUUUUGACGGCCUGAGCGAAGACCAACAGAUUCAGUGUGUACAGGAAUUCCUUCUUCGCAUGAACCAGUAUCAACACGGGCAGAUUAACAGCUAUUUGAAACCUCUGUUAAAACGAGAUUUCAUCACCUUGCUAUCAAAUUUGGGUUUACACGUUAUUGCCGAAAAGAUACUUUUCAAGUUGGAUGCACAAUCUCUGCGAUCUGCUGAACAAGUUUGUCAUGACUGGGGCCGUGUAGUAGCCGAAGGACAAUUGUGGCGGAAACUCAUUGAAAACAAUAUCCGAACCGAUCCUUUAUGGCGUGGAAUCGGAACCCGCCGCGGAUGGAUAAAAAAUCUUUUCCGGAAGUAUCCAUCUCCUCUAAUCGCAGAUUCAUAUUACCGGCAGCUUUUUCCGAUAAUUAUGCGUGAUAUCGAGACAACGGAGCGUAACUGGAAGCAGGGCAAUUUUACGUUGCAUAAGAUCAAUUGUCGGAGUGAAAACAGCAAAGGCGUCUACUGUCUGCAAUAUGAUGACGAGAAAAUUAUUAGUGGAUUACGUGACAAUACCAUUAAGAUUUGGGAUCGCACAAGUCUGCAGUGCUCACAAAUCCUUACGGGGCACACCGGAUCGGUGCUGUGUCUGCAGUAUGAUGAGCGUAUUAUUGUUAGCGGAUCCAGUGAUUCCACAGUGCGCGUGUGGGAUAUUACUCGUGGCGAAUUGCUCAACACCCUGGUGCAUCAUUGUGAAGCUGUACUGCAUGUGCGCUUCCAAAAUGGCAUGAUGGUCACUUGUUCCAAAGACCGUUCCAUCGCCGUGUGGGACAUGAAUUCUCCCAAAGAUAUCGGACUACGCCGUGUCCUCGUCGGUCAUCGAGCUGCGGUGAAUGUCGUGGAUUUUGAUGAUAAAUAUAUUGUGUCCGCCUCCGGUGAUCGAACCAUUAAGGUUUGGAACACAUCGACGUGUGAAUUUGUCAGAACUUUGCAAGGCCACAAACGAGGCAUUGCCUGUCUACAGUAUAAGGAGCGCUUAAUUGCCAGUGGCAGUUCCGAUAACACAAUCAGAUUGUGGGACAUCGAAUGCGGCGCGUGUUUGCGUGUUUUGGAAGGUCACGAGGAGUUGGUGCGUUGUAUAAGAUUUGAUAGCAAACGGAUUGUGAGCGGAGCGUAUGAUGGAAAAAUCAAGAUUUGGGAUCUCCAAGCCGCUUUAGACCCCCGAACCAUGGCGUCAUCGCUUUGUGUCAAGACCUUGGUGGAGCACACCGGUCGUGUAUUUCGCCUUCAGUUCGAUGAAUUCCAGAUAGUAAGCAGCAGCCACGACGACACGAUCCUGGUGUGGGAUUUCUUCAACAAUGCGGCCAUCACACUACCUCAUCCGCACGGUUCCCGCAGCCACAGUCGCGGUGAUGCCGAACGGAGCAUUCCUCUGAAAUGAGAGCGAUCUUUGCAGCAGCACGCUGUGACGCCGCUUUCCCGUGUAUAGAGAUGUGUGUGCGCAUUCGGCGGGCGGGAAUGUGCACGUGUUGGUGCCGUCGUUACAAGAAUCGGGGAAAUACGACAAAAAUCCAUCUAUGUAUUGACGGCGAAGUAGAGCGAAUCGUGUGUCCGUGUUUAUUUUAACCUGUUGUUGUCUCUCUGUUUUAAAUUCAUGUCUACGCUGCACUGGGAUUCGAUAACUACCGGGAUCUCUUUUCUUUUGUGUGGAUUAUUGAUUAAUUACUUCAGGGCGUUUGUUUGACCAUUUAACCACAAGCUAUAUUGUAUUCAUAUGGGCAGUGUCGGUGGACAUGUCUUUUUUGGCAGGUUUUAUUGUGCCAGUCUGGGAUUUUUUGCAUAUUUCAGUUUUAUCUUGUCGGAGUAAAAGUGCGCAUUCGA